UGUUUCCAUAAUCACAAGAAAAUGGGUGACUAUAGGGUAUGGCUCUUCACAGCUGCACCAAUAUUAUUUCUUCUGCUGCAACUAUUUUCAGGCGUCGUGGAAGCUAAAGUUCCGGCCAUAAUUGUGUUCGGAGACUCGUCGGUGGACGCCGGGAAUAACAACCAGAUCCCGACGGUGGCACGGAGCAACUUCGGGCCGUACGGCCGAGAUUUCGAGGGAGGGCGGGCCACCGGGCGGUUCUCCAACGGCAGGAUUCCGACGGACUUCAUCUCGGAGUCGUUUGGUCUGAGGCCCACCGUUCCGGCGUAUUUGGAUCCAAGCUAUAACAUUUCUGACUUUGCCGUCGGAGUUAGUUUCGCUUCCGCUGGGUCUGGCUAUGAUAAUGCUACCUCUGAUGUUCUUCGCGUGAUUCCGUUGUGGAAAGAGUUGGAAUACUACAAAGAGUAUCAAAAGAAGCUAAGAGACUACUUAGGCGACGAAAAAGGCGACGAAAUUAUACAGGAAGCACUAUACGUGACGAGUAUGGGGACGAACGAUUUCCUGGAGAACUACUACGCCAUUCCCGGCGGGAGGCAGUCGCAGUUCACGAUCGACGAGUACCAGGAUUUUCUCGCCGGAUUAGCGAGGAAAUUCGUGACGGAUCUGUACGGCCUGGGGGCGAGAAAGAUCUCCCUCGGCGGCGUCCCUCCGAUGGGGUGCAUGCCCUUGGAGAGGACGACGAAUUUCGCCGACGGGCAGCGGUGCAUCAAGAGCUACAACGACAUCGCCUUCAGCUUUAAUGGCAAGCUCAAAUCGCUGACGGUGGAGCUCAACAAUCAACUUCCAGGGCUGCAACUCGUGAACUCCAAUCCCUAUGGCAUUCUCAUGCAAAUCAUCCGCAAGCCUUCCUUAUAUGGUUUCGAGGCAGCAGGAGUGGCGUGCUGUGCGACAGGAAUGUUUGAGAUGGGAUAUGCGUGCGACCAAUACAAUCCACUCACAUGCAAGGACGCUAAUAAGUUUGUAUUCUGGGAUGCUUUUCAUCCCACUGAGAAAACCAAUCAAAUAAUCGUAGAUCAUUUGAUGAAGACUAGUUUACACAAGUUUCUCUAGGCAUCAUGUCCCAGGGAUGAUUAUAUUGUAUGAUAUGAUGUGAUGGAUGUUGCACGUGCUUAAAUAUUUAUAUAUGUGUAAUGUUUCAUGUUUGUAUUGCCUUCGUUACUAGUUAUCAUUGUGUAUAAAUAUUCAUUGUAUGAUGUUUUUGUCAAUAAAAUAUGCUAAAACUCAAAUAUUU